UUGUAACUCGAGGCAACACUGGGUGCAGUAGCAGCAGCAGCAGCGUUUUCCUCCAUGGACUGAAGCGGGGAUUCUCUUCUUCGGCGUAGCCUGCAUGCAAAUGGAGCCGAGCGGGACAGAAUAAGCCUGAGUUAACACACUCAUCUGUAACCAACACUUGACUUGGCGAGGAGGGGAGCUUUUCUUCGAGCCCGUGGUGCAAGGCAACAUCACUGACAAUUUCCCAGAGCCUCCCACACAGGCUCACACAGGUGACAAGUGUGGCCAACUUCACUGCCUGCAUUGACGCGCUCAGUGUUUUGUCCAGCAGCAGUGCGCCGCAUGGACCCGCCGCUGUUGUUUUGACGUGACAUUUUGCGUGCGCUGCUGUGUAUAUGUUCACAUAUGGACGCUGGAGUGUAGCGUUAAGUUUACGUCCUGAUUGGUAUGUUCGUCAUGUCCGCCUGGGUGAACUUGCGCGUUUCUCUGUAGAGUCACAAAGAGCCGGGCUCGGUGCAGAAGUUGGUUGGGAAUAAUAACCCACGCAGUGCGGAGCGCGGAACAGGUGACAGCGGCUUUCAGGGGAUAUUGAGCGGCUGAAUUUACUACCAGCAUCAUCAGCAUCUCCGUGUGAGGAUCAAAACUGCGGAGGGCUUCCGCUUCUCACUCCUCUUCACCUGCUACUUCCAGUUUUUGCAGGAGCCAGCCAGUGAAUUUCAGCUUCUGAUACCACAGCUGCGUAAACUUGGCCAGAUCUGGUGACAUUGUGUGUGUGUGUGCGUGUGUGUGUGCGCGUGUGUGUGCUGAGCAGCCUGGAUGGAUAUGCGGCUCACUGAGGGAAUUUGAAAAGCAAGGGGGAUUACUAUCAGUCCCUCUCCCAUUAUAACCUCAAAAUGGAUGCCGACGACAGGCUGUGGAGACGCCACUGGAUUAGCCACUCUUCAGCUGAUCUGCUUGACAUCUGAGCGGCACGGGCGUUCAAAGUUUGGAUAAUCUAAAAGGCUGAAGGUAUAGGAUGCAAUCUGGAGUGAAGACGCUCUCCGCAGGUGGAGGUGCGUCACUCUGCUGCCUGCUGCUCCUGUGGCUCAUCUACUCCCAUCUGUUCAGAGAGGGCCAGUUGGCGGUGGGAACCUGCGAGAUAGUGAUGCUCAACAGAGACAGCAGCGUUCCCAGACGGACCAUCGCUAGGCAGACGGCCCGCUGUGCCUGCCGGAGAGGCCAGAUUGCCGGGACUACCAGGGCAAGGCCGGCAUGUGUAGACGGUGAGUUGAAUGACCUUUCUAGACCAGGGGAGGACAACUGA